AAGUUCACGUCAGAAGUGUAUGGGAAGGCUCUAAGGCCUGUUUAAAAUAGUAAAUAAAUAAGAAAACUGCCAAAAUGCUGACGGACGACGAUGAUUUCUUCUACGAGGAUAAAAUAAAGCAAACAAGCGAGACUACGCCAGUGCUAAUACAAUUAAAUGAGGAUUUCAUGGCCGACUUUGAGGCUUCGAAACAAAAAUUGGAGGAUUUAAAAGUCACUGCGGCCACCGAUACAGAGACUGCCGUGUUUUGCACUGGCCUCGAGCCAACACCAGAUCGAUAUGGACUCUAUAGUAAACAAAAAUACGAGCUAGAUCGCUUGGGCAUGACUGUGAGCACGAAUGCAGUUGUGAUUACGAAGGAUCAGAGCAAUCUAAUCGGCAUUAGCAUUGGAGGCGGUGCGCCAAUGUGUCCGUGUCUCUAUAUAGUGCAGGUCUUUGAUGGCACUCCCGCUGCCCGAGAGGGCUCCCUGCAAUCAGGCGAUGAAUUGCUCGCCGUCAAUUCGGUGAGCGUUAAGGGCAAAACCAAGGUGGAGGUGGCGAAGAUGAUUCAAACGGCUACAGAUGAGGUGACCGUGCACUACAACAAACUACAUGCAGAUCCCGAACAGGGCAAAACGUUGGACAUAAUCCUGAAGAAACUGAAGCAUCGCAUUGUGGACAAUUUGUCGAGCAAUACGGCUGACACGCUGGGUCUAUCGAGGGCUAUACUAUGCAAUGAUUCGCUGGUCAAGCGACUGGAAGAGCUGGAGGGCACAGAGCUGAUGUACAAAGGAUUGGUGGAGCAUGCGCGGCGCAUGCUGAAGGCCUAUUACGAUCUAUUGCAGACAUACAAAAGCUUUGGCGAUUGCUUCACCCAGAUCUCGGCACAUGAGCCGCAACAGCGAGCCAGUGAAGCAUUUCGUACUUUUGGUGAAUUUCAUCGUUCGCUGGAAAAGGACGGAUUGGCUAUCAUCAAGCAAAUUAAACCCGUGCUCGCAGAUCUGGGCACGUAUCUGAAUAAGGCCAUACCCGACACAAAAUUAACCGUGCGACGUUAUGCGGAUGCGAAGUUCACCUAUCUCUCCUAUUGCCUGAAGGUCAAAGAGAUGGACGAUGAAGAGCAUGGCUUUGCGGCGUUGCAGGAGCCGCUCUAUCGCGUCGAGACGGGCAACUAUGAAUAUCGUUUGAUUCUGCGCUGUCGUCAGGAUGCGCGCAGCAAGUUUGCCAAGCUACGCACAGAUGUGCUCGAGAAAAUGGAGCUGCUAGAGUGCAAACAUGCAAUGGAUUUGAAUAAGCAGCUGCGCAGCCUGCUCGAUAGUUUGGCAGAGCUGCACAGAAGCUUGGUGGCACGUCUAGACUCUCUACCUCCUCUCUUCCCUAUUGAAGUGGACUUUAAGGAAACGGAUUUUCAAUACAAAUCGAGUACGCUCAAGCCCCAGGAGCUGGAUGAUGAUGAAAUUGAGGCGAAUUCCACAUCACGUUCCCAUAAGGUAACAUACGGCAGGGAAGCAGUCGAGCAGCCGGCGCCCAUUAUCAAUGUGGAACUAAAGGAACCCACAGCUGCGUCCAAUGCCAACGACAACGAAUCCCUGCUCAAGGAGCUGGGUUUGCACGAUGUGGAUUUGCUUUCUAAUCCGCACACUAUUAGCAAUCAAACGGAUUCCAUUUCGGCACAGAAUGAUGGUUACGAUUUUGAUUUAUUUUUGAAUCAAGCAAAUGCUACGACCAGCCUCGAACGCGAUCUGAUGUCAGCCAAUGCCAGCGAAACUGAUUUGCUGCUGCAAUAGACUUUUGUGUACAAAGAGAAUUUCCUUCAUUAGAAUCGAGCUAAUUUUCUUACUGUUUGUUUUACUAUUUUCCUGUAUAUAUGUUUAAGUGUAUGUGAAAUUAGAUAUAUUGAUCAGAAAAUGAAUAAUAAAACUAGAAAAUA